AUGAACUCUAAUCAUCAAAUUAAAAAUAAAAAGAAUAAUUUACCCUCUCCACAUAUAUUAAGAAUACUUAUUCCUUCAAAAUAUAUAGGAACACUUAUUGGAAAAGAUGGGAAUCAUCCAAUCAAAGAAAUUCAUACAACAUCAAAUGCAAAAUGUAUAAUUGAUAAAAGUAUGCCAUUUAGAAUUUUUCCAACGUUUUCUGUGAAAACAAUUACUUUUGUGGGAGAUAUUGAAGGUGUAUGUAAAGCUUGCCGCUUAGUAUUAGACUUUAUUCGAAAUACUCAAGAAGCAAAUGGUACUGAAAAUAAAAAGUAUGAAGUUUAUGUAAGAUUCCCAAAUGUCUUUAUUGGAAAACUUAUAGGCAAAAAAGGUAGCAAUAUAAAAAAAAUGAUUGAAGAAACAAGUAGCCAAAUUACAGUUUCAGCGGAUUCUUUUAUUGUUUCACUUCCCAAUGAUUUGUAUCGUUAUAUUCCGGAAAUAUUAUCUAAUGAAAGAACUGUUGUUGUAUCUUCAGACAACAUUUUAAAGGUUAUGUCAGCAAUUAAAAAGAUUUCUGAAAUUAGACAUGAAAUGAAUGUCAAUUUUAAUGAUAAAUCUAUUUUUCCACACAUGUAUGGAUUUCAAAUUCCUCAUUUAACUAACAAUAUCCUUCAUUUUGAUAAUAAUCUAUUACGAUACCAAGGGAAUGUUUAUCAAAAUUCAUUUUUAAAUUCUUUUGUUGAUGGUAGACAGGCAUUACAUCCAAAUAAUUUCAUAAAUCAAACGAAGAUUCCUGUUAUUAAUACUUUAAAAAUUUUCGUUCCAGAAAAUUGUGUUGGACCUGUUAUUGGUGCAAAAGGAUCUUAUAUUAAAUUUAUUAUAAGUCAAUCAGGAACUCAAGUAAAGAUUGAGUCAUCACCUGGAAAUCACAAUUCUCAUGAAACAAAAGAAAAUAAUAGUGAAGAUGAUAAAACUAAUGUAAAUGAUGAAAAUCUCAACGACGAUAAAUUGAAGGAUAAUAAAAAAGAUGAAGCUUUAAAAAAUAGUAGUGAUCGUGAACUACUAAUUACAGGAUACGGUCCAAAUAUUCAAUAUGCUCAACAAUUAAUAUUUUUAAAAAUUGCUGAUACCACAUCAACACAUAUUGACAAAUUGAUACUUACUAUUGAAAUUCAAAUCCCUCAUGAAAUUACAGGGAAAGUUAUUGGAAAACAAGGAAAAAAUAUAAAUUUUCUACAAAGAAAAACAGGUGCAAAAGUUUGCAUAUUAGAAGGACCAACAUCUCCUAGCAAUAAGACAAACCGUUUAACAAAAGUUCGUAUCAGAGGUACAAUAGCUGCAAUUUCAAAUGUUCAAUUUCGACUUCAAAAAAUCGUUGUUGAUAAUUGCUAUGAAAAAAAAAAUAGUCAUAAUAAUGGAGAAAGCACUUUAUAG